AUGAGCACCUUAGACAAGCAAUUCAGGGAUUCAAGCUGCUUGUGUUCCAACACAACUGCUCGGAACCCGACCAACAGUUUCUUAUUUCCGCAGAAGGGAGACCAGAAAGGGAAAGAAGAAGUUGAUACGCUUUUAUCGGAAGCCCUGAAUGGACUUACUUUUGAAGAGAGACAAAUGCACCAGGAAGUCGUGCAUGGUGUGGAAGACAAAAUAGCAGAAGAGGAGAUCUUCAUUAAGACCAGACUUAAAGAACUCGAUGAAACUCUGCUGCUCAUCAAAGCUGGAAGUAACUAUCAAGCAGCCAAAACAAUGAACAGAGAAUAUGUCACUGCACGGUCGCUUCGAUUAAUGUUUCUUCGUGCGAAUCGCUACGAUUCCAAGGCUGCGGCGCACCAAAUGCUCAGUUUCUUUGAUGCAAAGCAACGACUCUUUGGAAUGGAUAAAUUGGCAAAGGAUAUCACUGUAGAAGAUCUGGACGACGACGAUCUCGAAUGCCUUCGAAGUGGAUUUCUUCAACUUGCCGGAAGAGACUCGGCAGACCGACAGGUCAUGUUUGAGCUCCCAGGCCUCAGAGUCGCCAAAACGCUUCUCAAUGAAUUGCGUGCGCGGUACUACAUCAUGAUGUCCGUUGUGGAAUCCGAAAGAAAUCAGCUUCGGGGUCACAUUGGGGUUUGCUGGACGAUUGGUGAAUACAGAGAGAAACAAAUCGGACACCCUGAAAACAUAGAACUAGUCGCUGCCAUUCCAAUCCAUUGUUCCGCCGUUCAUUUUUGCACCGAUGAAAUAGGCAAGUACGUGAUCUGCAAAAUGCUGGUAAAGGCCAUGUCAAACCAAUUCCGGGUCCGCUUCACCCCCCACUUUGGUUCACAUCUAGAGUGUUCCUAUCGCCUAUGCACAUACGGCAUUGCGACGGCAAUGCUUCCAUUUACAUCCGGCACCAACCAAGUCAUUUUGGACUAUCACAAUAAUUGGGUUCUUUCACGUCUCGCAAAACAAGAUAAGAGUAAACCUGCUUUGUUUCGGUCUCUGCCACCACCAUUGAGGGUACCGAUCACAGAAACUAGGGACGCUGAUGUCUUGUUCAAUAGCGGCGAGAAGAGCUGCAACGCUGGCAACGAGCGUCUUCGUGCUCUUGUGAAAUCCUUGAUACCACAAUAUACUUCCGGGACAAACGAUAAGAAGAAGGUAAUAGUAGAUGGCUUGAUUGACGAUGUCAUUGGAAACGAAGGGGGCCGCUUUCUCAAGAAGCAAAAUGGACCAAGUGAUGGUUGGGAAGAGCUACGACCCGAACAAUCGAGAGCCAAAGUCACGCAAAUGUUUCGGAAUCUGAAACGCCAGUCAUCUACCCGCAAGUCAAUCACAGAUGGUAUUCCCAUUUCAGACGAGCCUCAUCCGGACGAUGUAGUAUUUGGCAAUCUACAAAGAAGUCGAGGUAGCGAGUUUUUGCAGCAGUUGAUAACUGAUCGAUCAAAGGUAUAUGAUACUUUGGAUCGAGGCAUGAAAAUAAAGGUAGUGGAGGAAAUUGCACGGAGAAUAAAAGAUAAAGGGGUUAGAUUUCUCCAAGCGAUACCAGAAUCUGGCGGAUGGGUGGAAGUUUCCAAUGACGAUGCGUGCAAACGGAUAUCCAAGUACUUCCGCAACAAGCGGCGGUCUAUCAAAAGGGGGUGA